AUGACAGAAGCUGUCAGUACAGUGUUUGAAAAAGUUUCCUUUGUGAGCAAGAUUAGUACUGUUUUAAAGGCCACAUCAGAUGAUGAAGCAACAAUACCAGGCAACCUUUAUACAGAAAUUAGCAAUAUCACACUAGAGUCUGAUGGAUACAGUGACUCCAUGCUGGAAUAUCUGGUGGAUAGACUCAACAAAAAUUCCUGUCAUGUUAAAUUAAAGGUGAUGAAGUUGAUGAAGCACAUCCUGUCACAUGGAAAUCCUAGGUUUAAGCUAGGAUUAAUGAAGUGUUCUCAAGGAAUAACAGAAACUAAAAAAUACAGCGGACCUCCAGACCCUCUACAUGGGAAUAUCCCAUACCUUGCUGUUAGAAAAACUGCAAAGGAACUGUUGGAGGUCUUAUUUGAUACAGAAGACUUGCCAAGUUCACGUGCACCAGUAUCAACAUCCUCUGGUUAUGGGAACCAGGGAGCACCUAAAUCAAAGAUGGAAGGAUUUGGAAAUUCACCUUCACCCCAAAAAGUUGGCAUAGGAAAGUCCUUUUUACAAAACAUCAGUGACUUUGCUCAGCACUUGACUGAGGAACCUGAGAACCCCCAAAGAGCUGUUUUAUCCUCCUUGGAGACCCCCGGGUCUUAUAAACCACCAGAGGACCACACCUUUAGCUUAGCCCCGGACAGCAGUGAGGGUAUACAACCCUCCACAAGGAGGAAAGAAGUGGUUCACAUCCCUGGUAAGGCAGGAGGAGGCUGGGAUGAUGAUGACGAUGGUGACAAUGAAAAUGUUAACGGCAACUUAUCAUCAGACAGACACAGUGGAGCAAAUGCUGACAGUUUCUCAAGGCUUGAGAGUGGAAAUGUGGAGGACUGGAGCACAGAGGAAAAUCUGGUGAAGUCCACAGUAGCUACUGGUAACAGUCAUCUGUUGACAAAUGCCCAGAUUGCAGAGUUCAUCAAGUCCUGUCAGGCAUGUAACUGUGAUAAAGUGUUAGAGCUUUUGUCACAGAGUCUUGAGUCAACAGAUGGCCACCUUCUGAUGAGAGCCUUGCUUUUGGUUGAAAACUUUUUAAGAACAGACAUAUAUGGUAUAGAUCAGAUCUCUACUACAUGUGGAAAACACUUGUUGACAAUAUCAGAGAGGAGCAGUAGUCCCCAGACUUCCAAAUCCAGAAAAAUCAUAAGGAUAUUGGAGAAGCUAGGUUCUUCACCUUCCAUAAAGGACAGAGAAUCUGAUUUAACCACAUAACAGAAAGCCUUCUAAGAGAUAUCAGGAAAAGUAUCCAUACCUCAUAAUACAGCAUGACAGUAUCUUAUACAUGUACAACAGGAUUACAGCAUCAUAACAGUCACACAACAAAUUAUCUACAGAGCUUCAUAAUGAAGCCAGCAGCCCCUUAAGAGACUCGUGAAAUACCAAUGCAGCAUAAGUGGACUUCAGUUCAAAUGGACAAACAAUUUUCUGUGCAGCCAAUCCAAAAUACCCCACUUGAUGAAGAUAUAAAGAUACAAAUGUACUAAUAUGGGGUGCUUCAUCUGAUUUGUAUAUAAACUCUAAAAAUUUAUAUCUUUUGAUAUAUUAUGAAACUGAAUUAAUUGAUAAAGAAAAUAACAGAAGAGUUUUCUCCCAUUACAAACUUAUAACUGUCUCAUUCAACCAUGAAAAAACCCAAAAUAUUUGGCUUGUACUAUUUUAUGCAUACAUAAUAAAUAUACUAUAUAUACAUGUA